AUAAUUUGAAUUUUAAGUAGAACAGACUUUAUGAUUUACAUAAGAAGCAUCAGGCUGUCUUGUCUUGUUUUUCCUUCUUGUCCACUGUAUAGUCUUACAUUAUUUUAAAGGUAACAUUCGGUUUAUUUUAAGCUAUAGAGGUGUGCUAACAUUAGCUUAAGUCUAGCUUAACGCUACAUUUUUUUAAAAAUCAAAAAUGACUUUUUGAAGAGUUAAAAGAGGAGAGAAUAACAAACACAAUUCACAAUUCCCCUGUUGGAAAGAGAGGCAGGUAUGCUUUAUGUUUAAAUUGUAAAUGUAUUUCUUUAGUAGUAGGCAAUUCAUACACAUUAUUCAUGAUUGCAGAUUGUAGCCUAGAUAGCAUUUGGCAUUCAGAGCCUAGAAAGAGCAGAUUAGCCUAUGGUUUGUUGUUCUUUCUAAUCAGUUCAAGAUAAAAAAAAUAAAUAAAUAAAUUUAAAAAACAUGCAAACAUUAUACAAGUAACAUAGAGGUAUUAUAAGCUCUUUGUACUAAAAGUAUCGUAAGUUAAAAUACUCAUUUUGACACUUAUUAGGCUAGCCUAUCUUAUUAUCAGAGAUGUUGAUUUGAGUUCAAGUAUGAAGAGAAUGAGAUAACUGGUACGCUGGUAAUACCUUCUGUUUUGUCCUUAUUAAGAAUACUACUGUGGGUAAGAUUGUAGUAUAUUUAACAGGAAGUGUGAUUUUAAAUUGGCUCCAAAAAAUUACAUGGCACUUGUUUGAGGCCAAAUAACUUGAAUGAGUCCCAGUGCAGUUCUACAAAACCAACUCUACAAAAGGUUUUAUUUUGAAAGGCAGAGCAAUUAAACCUCUCCUCUCCUCCUGAUUGGCUGGAUGGAUGUCGCUUGUGGCUGCUGCCAACUUUGGCAACGAGGCCGGCUCGCGCUGCUGCUCCACCCCCAGGUGUCGCGGGCCUGUUUAAAUAGCGGAGGAGGAGGAAGGACGACAUCCUCAUCAUCAUCAGCAGCAUCACUUCAUUUACCUGACAUGAUACUCUCGUUCCUCUGGUGUUGAGCCUCCAUCCUGCACACAGUCCAGAGGUCAACCCGACUCCUGUCAUCCCACCUGAGGCUGACCCAGUCCCCAGUAACGAUCCAGACGUCAGCUCGACCACCUCUGAACAACCAGUGAUCGACUCCGACGGCGACGCUGCUGACUGCACGCCUGACUCGACCACUGACGGUGACAUCACAAACAUGGCUGACCCGGCCACUGAUGACAACAAGUUCCUCUUCUUGGAAAAUGACUUUCGCAACAGCGGGCUGGCGCAAGCCGACUGGGCGGCCAAGAAGAUGGUGUGGGUGCCAUCAGAGAGGGAGGGCUUCGAGCAGGCCAGCGUAAAGGAGGAGAAGGGUGACCAGGUGCUGGUGGAGCUCUCCAACGGUCAGAAGAUGACGGUGAACAAAGACGACAUCCAGAAGAUGAACCCGCCCAAGUUCAGCAAGGUGGAGGACAUGGCCGCCCUCACCUUCCUCAACGAAGCCUCCGUCCUCCACAACCUGCGAGAGAGAUACUUCUCCAGCCUGAUCUAUACGUACUCGGGUCUGUUCUGCGUGGUGGUGAAUCCCUACAAGAUGCUGCCCAUCUACUCCGAAAAGAUCAUCGAGAUGUAUAAGGGCAAGAAACGCCACGAGGUGCCGCCACACAUCUACUCCAUCACAGACAACGCCUACAGGAACAUGAUGCAAGACCGUGAGGAUCAGUCUAUUCUCUGCACAGGUGAGUCUGGAGCAGGAAAGACAGAAAACACCAAGAAGGUGAUUCAGUACCUGGCCGUCGUCGCCUCCUCACACAAAGGAAAGAAGGACGUGAAUCCUCAACAGCAGCAGCAGGCGGGAUCUCUGGCCUACGGGGAGCUAGAGAAGCAGCUGCUGCAGGCUAAUCCCAUCCUGGAGGCCUUUGGAAACGCCAAAACCAUCAAGAACGACAACUCGUCCCGAUUUGGCAAGUUCAUCAAGCUCAACUUUGAUGUGACGGGAUACAUUGUUGGAGCGAAUAUUGACACCUACCUCCUGGAGAAGUCUCGCUGCAUUCGUCAGGCCAACACUGAGAGAGCCUUUCACAUCUUCUAUUACAUGGUGGCAGGAGCCAAAGACAAGAUGAGAGAGGAGCUCCUGCUGGAGGAUUUCAGCUGCUAUCGUUUCCUGGUAGCGGGACACGUUGAGAUCCCCGGUCAGGAGGAUGAAAUCAUGUUCGAUGAGACUCUGGAGGCCAUGGAGAUCAUGGGCUUCACCGAGGACGAGAGAAUAGGGAUGUUGAAGGUGGUGUCCACUGUGCUCCAGCUUGGCAACAUCAAGUUUGAGAAGGAGAGGAACAGCGAGCAGGCGACCAUGCCCGACAACACCGCUGCCCAGAAGGUGUGUCACCUGCAGGGCAUCAAUGUCACCGACUUCACCCGUGCCAUCCUCACCCCCAGGAUCAAAGUGGGCAGGGAGGUGGUGCAGAAGGCGCAGACCAAGCAGCAGGCUGAUUUUGCGGUGGAGGCUCUGGCUAAGGCGAUGUACGAGCGGCUGUUUCGUUGGAUCCUGGCCAGAGUCAACAAGACGCUGGAUAAGAGCAAGAGGCAGUCGUCCUCCUUCCUGGGCAUCCUGGACAUCGCUGGUUUUGAGAUCUUUGAGGACAACUCCUUCGAGCAGCUCUGCAUCAACUACACCAACGAGCGUCUGCAGCAGCUCUUCAACCACACCAUGUUCAUCCUGGAGCAGGAGGAGUACAAGAGAGAGGGCAUCGAGUGGAACUUCAUCGACUUCGGCCUCGACCUGCUGCCCUGCAUCGAGCUCAUCGAGAGGCCGAACAACCCUCCAGGCAUCCUGGCCCUGCUGGACGAGGAGUGCUGGUUCCCGAAAGCCACUGAUGUUUCUUUUGUGGACAAACUGCAGACCGCACACGCCAGUCACAGCAAGUUCUCCAAACCCAAACAGCACAAAGACAAACUGAUGUUCAGUGUUCUGCACUACGCUGGGAAGGUCGACUAUAACGCAGCUAACUGGUUGACUAAGAACAUGGAUCCUCUGAACGACAACGUGACGGCUCUGCUCAACAACUCGUCCAGCAACUUCAUCCAAGACCUUUGGAAAGACGUGGACCGAGUGGUGGGUCUGGACACUCUGACCAAGAUGUCGGAGAGUUCAGCGCCGGUGGCCUCUACUAAAUCUAAGAAGGGGAUGUUCCGUACAGUGGGUCAGCUGUACAAAGAGUCUCUGGGCAAACUGAUGACGACUCUGCACAACACGCAGCCCAACUUCGUCCGCUGCAUCAUCCCCAACCACGAGAAGAGGGCCGGGAAGAUGGACUCCAACCUGGUGCUGGAGCAGCUCAGGUGUAACGGGGUGCUGGAGGGGAUCCGUAUCUGCAGGCAGGGAUUCCCCAACCGCAUCGUGUUCCAGGAGUUCAGGCAGAGAUAUGAGAUUCUGGCUGCCAACGCCAUCCCGAAGGGCUUCAUGGACGGGAAGCAGGCGUGCUGUCUGAUGGUGAAGCACCUGGAUCUGGAUACGAACCUGUAUCGCAUCGGUCAGAGUAAGAUGUUCUUCAGGACGGGAGUUUUGGCUCAGCUGGAGGAGGAGCGAGAUCUCAAACUGACCGUCGUCAUCAUCGCUUUCCAGGGACAAGCAAGAGGCUUCCUGGCCCGCAAGGCGUUCAGUAAACGUCAGCAGCAACUGACCGCCAUGAAGGUCAUCCAGAGGAACUGCGCCUGUUACCUCAAACUCAAGAACUGGCAGUGGUGGAGGCUCUUCACCAAGGUGAAGCCGCUGCUGCAGGUCACCAGACAGGAAGAAGAGAUGGGUCAGAAAGAGGAGGAACUAAAGGCGGCGAAGGAGGUGGCAGCGAAGAGCGAGGCCGAGCUGAAGGACAUCACCCAGAAACACACACAGCUGCUGGAGGAGCGAGCCCAGCUGGAGUCGAAGCUUCAUGCGGAGACGGAGCUGUAUGCCGAGUCGGAGGAAAUGAGGGUACGACUGGAGGCCAAGAAGCAGGAGCUGGAGGAGGUGCUGCAUGAGAUGGAGGCCCGGCUGGAGGAGGAGGAGGAGCGCAGCCUUUCUCUGCAGCAGGAGAGGAAGGACAUGGAGCAGCAGCUACAGCUCAUGGAGUCCCACAUCGCCGAGGAGGAAGAUGCUCGUCAGAAGCUGCAGCUGGAGAAAGUGGCCGUGGAGGGAAAAGUCAAGAAACUGGAGGAGGACGUUCUGCUCAUGGAGGACCAGAAUAUCAAGCUGCAGAAGGAGCGAAAGCUGCUGGAGGAGAGGUUGGCUGAUAUGACCUCCAACCUGGCAGAGGAGGAGGAGAAGUCCAAGAAUCUGACCAAACUGAAGGCCAAACACGAGUCCAUGAUCUCUGACCUCGAGGUGCGUAUGAAGAAGGAAGAGAAGGGUCGUCAGGACAUGGAGAAGGCUAAGAGGAAGGUGGAGGCGGAGCUGGCCGACCUCCAGGAGCAGCACGCCGACCUGCAGGCCCAACUAGCUGAGCUCCGGGCCCAGCUAGCCGCCAAGGAAGAGGAGCUCCAGGCCACGCAGGCCCGCUUGGAGGACGAGAGCAAUCAGCGAGGGAUGGCUGUGAAGCGGGUUCGGGAGCUGGAGGCUCUCCUUCAAGAGAUGCAGGAGGACCUGGAGGCAGAGAGGGCGGCGAGGGGGAAGGUGGAGGCGGCACGACGGGAUCUGGGAGAGGAGCUGAAUGCUCUCCGCACCGAGCUGGAGGACAGUCUGGAUACCACCGCCGCCCAGCAAGAGCUCAGGGCGAAGCGUGAGCAGGAGGUGGCCCUGCUCAAGAAAGCCAUGGAGGACGAGGGGCGGAGCCACGAGGCUCAAGUCCAGGACCUGAGACAGAAACACAACCAGGCCGUGGAGGAGCUCAGUGAGCAGCUGGAGCAGGCCAAGAGGGUGAGAGCCGGUCUGGAGAAAGCCAAGCAGGCUCUGGAGAAAGAAACAGCAGAUCUGAGCGCUGACCUGCGAUCCCUUGCCAGCGCCAAGCAGGACGUGGAGCACAAGAAGAAGAAGGUGGAAGGUCAGCUGAACGACCUGCACUCACGUUUCAACGAGAGCGAGCGGCAGAGGACUGAGCUGGGCGAGCGAGUCUCUAAGAUGACGGUGGAGCUGGACAGUGUGACCAGUGUGUUGAAUGAUGCCGAGGGAAAGAACAUCAAGCUGAGUAAAGACGUCUCCGCUCUGACCUCCCAGCUCCAGGAUGCUCAGGAGCUGCUGUCAGAGGAGACCCGUCAGAAGUUGAAUCUGUCUGGACGUCUGCGUCAGAUGGAGGACGACAGGAACAGCCUGAUGGAGCAGCUGGAGGAGGAAACUGAGGCCAAACGGGGCGUAGAGAGGCAGGUCUCCAGCCUCAACAUGCAGCUGUCCGAUUACAAGAAGAAGCUGGAUGAGAUGUCGGGGACGGUGGAGAUGCUGGAGGAGAGUAAGAAGCGUCUGCAGCGCGACCUGGAGGCGGCCAACGGCGAGUACGAGGAGAAGGCCUCCGCCUACGACAAGCUGGAGAAGAGCCGCAUCCGGUUGCAGCAGGAGCUGGAGGACGUCCUCAUGGACCUGGACAGCCAGCGGCAGCUCGUCUCCAACCUGGAGAAGAAGCAGAAGAAGUUUGAUCAGAUGCUGGCAGAGGAGCGUGCAGUGUCCAGUAAGUUUGCAGACGAGCGUGAUCGAGCAGAGGCGGAUGUGAGGGAGAAGGAAACGAGGGUGUUGGCUCUCGCCAGAGCGCUGGACGACAGCCAGAACGCUCUCGAGGAGGCGGAGAAGACCAUGAAGGGCCUCCGAGCUGAGAUGGAGGACCUCAUCAGCUCCAAGGAUGACGUGGGAAAGAAUGUCCAUGACCUGGAGAAGGCCAAGCGCGGUCUGGAGGCCAUCGUGGACGAGAUGCGAACGCAGAUGGAGGAGCUGGAGGACGAACUGCAGGUCGCCGAGGACGCCAAGCUGCGUCUGGAGGUCAACACUCAGGCGCUGAGAGCUCAGCAUGAGAGGGAGCUGCACGCCCGCGAUGAGAUGGGCGAGGAGAAGAGGAAGCAGCUCCUCAAACAGGUGCGUGAGCUGGAGGCGGAGCUUGAGGAGGAGAGGAAGCAGCGAGGUCAAGCGUCAGGCAGCAAGAAGAAGCUGGAGGGCGAGCUGAAGGACAUGGAGGACCAGCUGGAGGCCACCAGCAGGGGGCGCGACGAAGCAAUCAAGCAGCUGCGCAAGAUCCAGGGCCAGGUGAAGGAGCUCCAGAGGGAGCUGGAGGACUCACGUGCAUCCCAGAAGGAGGUUCUGGCUUCAGCCCGGGAGUCCGAGCGCAGAUCCAAAGCCAUGGAGGCCGACAUCGUCCAGCUGCACGAGAUGUUGGCAGCAGCUGAAAGAGCUCGCAAGCAGGCGGAGACAGAAAGAGACGAGCUGGCAGAAGAACUGGCCAGUAACUCCUCCGGGAAAUCAAUGCUGUCUGAUGAAAAGCGCCGUAUGGAUGCAAAGAUCAGCCAGCUGGAGGAGGAGCUGGAGGAAGAGCAGGCCAACGUGGAGAGUCUGAACGACCGGCUGAGGAAGAGCCAGCAGCUGGUGGACCAGCUGGGUGCGGAGCUGGCGGCAGAGAGAGCUUCCUCUCAGACCAGGGAGGGAUCCAGGCAGCAGCUGGAGAGACAAAACCGAGAUCUGAAGGCCAAACUGCAGGAGAUCGAAGGACAGGGCCGCUCCAAACUCAAAUCCUCCAUCGCCGCCCUCGAGGCCAAACUGAGAGAGGUGGAGGAGCAGCUGGAGAUCGAGAGCAGAGAGCGUCAGGCCAACGCCAAGAAUCUGCGUCAGAAAGAGAAGAAACUGAAGGAUUUAACCAUCCAGGUGGAGGAUGAGAGGAAGCAGGCGCAGCAGUAUAAAGACCAGGCGGAGAAGGGCAACGUGCGGGUGAAGCAGCUGAAGCAUCAGCUGGAGGAGGCGGAGGAGGAGGCCCAGCGCGUCGCAGCUGCUCGCAGGAAACUGCAGAGGGAGCUGGAGGAGGCGAGCGAGGCCAACGACACUCUGAACAGAGAGGUGUCUUCACUCCGCAGCAAGCUGAGGCGUGGCGGCGGCGGCGAGGCGACGUACAGCAGCCCCAGUCCCCGGAGCAGCGGCGGUGGCAGCAGCAUGAGGAGCCUGGGGCUGGGAGGGAGCAUCAGCAGGAGGAGCGCCAUCAAGGAGAACUCGGUGGAGCUGCAGGAGGAGGAGCCUCGUUCUCCGUCUCCUCGUGGCUGCUCUCCUCCUCUGGAGCCCCGCGGGGAAGUUUACACCCCCGACGAGUAGAGAGACGACUGUGAUCAAGUGGGCGGAACCUGUUAGACUUUUAAUUUGAAAGAUUUCUUUAAGGAUAUCCUAGAAACUGAUUUAUGUUCAAAUUUAAAUUCAUUUCGGUCCCUGAGUAACGACACAAACAACAAACGCUCCCAGAAGAAAUAUGAGCAGCUUCAAUCCAGUUCAAUCCAAAAACAUCAGAUAAACCCGCCGCUAACGGACCAAACGUCUGGUCGUUUCCUCCCUCUGUGGAGCUCCGUCAAGUCGUACUGCUUCGUUUUCAUCUCCCCCUCUCAAAACACAUCAAAUUAAAUUCAAAAAUAUAAAACAGGUCACAGCUCAGGAGGCCGACUUGUUGCUGGGUUCAUAUUUUGUAGUUAACAUCAGCUGGACAUUGACGCUGCGGCCAUUUUCUUCUGACGUCAAGCUCAGAUUGUGUAAAGAUGAGAAUCUGAACUAUCAUCUCUCCAAUGAGAUGGACAGUGAAAAUAUGGAGGGACAUCGUAAAACAACAUCUGAUAACACGUAAGUUAAGUUAUUUCUUGAUUACAUCCAGCGUCCUUAACUUCAGGUUUAAAUGAAUUAAUUUACACUAUCGAACAGUAAUAUUAGCGAGGAAGUAGAAGAAUGCCAAUGUUAGCUCCAAAUUAUUCAACUUCAUUUAGUGGGCGUGCGUUUCAUUAUUUAAUAAAGUUACUAUCAUGCAAUGAGCACAAAGACGGACGUUUGAACGCAGCAGAUUUUAACUCCUAUAAUAAAGUUUACACGAAAAAAUUCAAAUUCAAAUCGAUUCUGAUGUGAACCUGAAAUCUUUCAAGAGGUUUUGUGAAGAAAAAGUAGCCAUUACUUUCUAUGUUUGUGGAUUAAUAUAACAUAAUUUAUGUGAACUUAAUAUAUUUACAUUUAUUUAUAUUCCAGGUAGUUUAAAUUAUUCUGAUACAUAUAACGUCAGUUUGUGUCGUCACAGUCGAGUCAGAGUUUUUGUUUUUCCAAAAAAUAACACGCUUAUCUUUUAAAAAGACCAAGAAGUUUGUUAAGCAACACCUGCAGGUUUCCUUACGCUGUUUCAAGAAUAUUUUAACCAUUUGGAUUAAAAAAAUAUAUUUUACUAAAUGAUUUAUUUCAAGUUGCAACUGAUACUUUGUAACGAAGUCGCCGUAAAUGUCUUCUGUCUUUUCUUCAACCAAAAGAAAAAUGCAAAAAGAAAAUAAAUGGAAAAAAUUGAGAAGAUGGACGAAUAAAUGAUCAAUAUAUUACAAUUAAUGAAUACUUAUUAAUUGAAUUUGUUCUGGAAACAUCUUCAGAACAACAAGACGUUUUAAUGACCUGGUUUUUAUUUUUGGAGAAUGAGACUCGACAGACACAAACUGGAUCCGUCUGUUCUGGUUCUGCACUUCCUCAAAGGGCUUUUCAGAAUCUUCCAGAGAGAAUCUGUUCAUUUGGAAACUGAAUGUAAAACUCUAUUUAUAAUCCCGCUGUUUGUAUAUUCAUUCUAGAGAUUUAGACCGUGUGGUGAACCCUCACAGACGCACCGUGUAGAACUAGAAUAAAAAGAGUUGUACGAUGACUUCCUGCUUUGUGAACCAAUCAAGUGCGAUUAAACUCCUACUCAAACCAUC